UCCUCACACAUCAGGACACUUCUUUUCGUGCAGCAUCAGGACAAUCGCAAGAAGCUGUUAUACCUGUGCGUGUUCAGGAGAGGUCAAACGGCAUCCGGCGUUACAUUUGAGACACCGGCACCACCAACAAAUCUCAUCUUGAUUGAGUCGUUGUCCCCUCGAGGAGGACAAGAGGACCGCACUACAUAGGCCUUCACCCGCACCGACAACAUGGCGGAGUUCCAGACACCUCGCGUCAAUGGGGCAGUGCUGAGCCAGUUCUUGGGCAACACGGUGUGCGUGGUGGGGAAGGUCUUGUCCUACCAAGAGGGAGAUUCAGAGGCACAACUCGAGACAUCGGAUGGGGCGAAGAUUACCGUACAAAUGACGGCAGGGAGUACAUGGACCAGUCAGUACGUGGAAGUGAUUGGACACCUUCACGAGCCAGACAGGUUGCAAGAGUUCAAGUCCACGGAUUUCGGGGACAUGUUCGACUUGAGGAAGUACGACGAGGCGGUCUCGCUGAUGACAGGGAAGUUCAGCUAUUUGUUCUACAACCCACAAGAGUAGUCCGUAGUCCGUGGUCGUGUCGACGGGAUGGGUUAUUCGUUCCAUAUUUUCAUAUUUUCGUCGUAUGCAUAACCGCACUGCGUUUUCGGCCGCAUGUACAAGUAGUGCGUGUGGUUGGGGUAGAAAAGGGAGCACAGGUGUCAUCUCGAGAGUCGUGUUUGGGGAGUCGUUGUCGAAACCAACCAGGCUGUUCUGGGACAUUUUUUUCGUCCGUACUUCAUGUUUUUGCUGCCCUUGGUGGUUUCGUGGGAUAUUGUGGUACAUAAUUUUGUUCGUAUUUUGUUCGUGCCUGCCGCAUGCACACAUGAGCGAGAGCUGUCUCGACGCCGCUGGUCCGGAGAACGGUCUUUAGAACGAUGCUCUUCUUUGUCAUCAAAGACUCUUGAUGUGAUUAACUCUUAGUUGCCGUUUGGGUAGGCCGGUUGCUUUGCAUGUUUUCGACUCUGCUGGAGACUGAGCGAGUUCCUGGUUGUUACAAGUGGGCGAGGUUUGGCUAUCGGGUGCAUUUUUUUAGAGAAUACAUGCGGGUGCCGACGU